AUGUACCCAAUGAUGGACGUGGAACACCGCGCGCCGCCUUUGGACGCCCAACUAUUUACCAACGUCAAAAAGAAAUGGAGGCCGAAAGGCCAACACAGCGCGCCGCGCGGUGGGCCACCUCGAUCUUGGACGAACGCUGAGCUUACAGAAGCCCUACAACAUGUAUGGAACAAGAAAAUGACUACGAGUCAGGCAUCAAGGAUUUUCGGUAUCCCGUACAACUCACUGCUUAUGUACGUACGGGGCAAGUACGGCAAGAGCCUCAAACUAGAGCAGCUGAGGAAAGACUGCAUCGGCGGGCCCCUCGACGUACUCAACAUGAAUUCCGGGAACAACAACAACAAUCAUCCGCCCAGCAAACACCAGCAUGAUAAAGAAGACCACCAAAACGCCAGCCAAAGACCAGCCAGCUCGGAGCCAGACAUUGCCUCAAACCCAAUGUUUAAUCCGUUCUCACAAGGCUUCUAUCCAGAGUUCCCGCCAGGGUUCCCGAUGCCGCUAAAUAUGCUGCAUCUCCUGCCGCCAAAUGAGAAAGCAAGAGAGCUGUAUCAGUCAAUGCCGAUGGCUUUAGAUACCCUCUCCGGAGUAGUAACAAAAGAAGAAGAUUGUAAAAGUGAUAGGUCUAAAGAGAACUCUGCAGAUGAGGAGGGCGACGCGUACCGCGCGCCCUCUCACCCGCCGCACCCUCCCGACAAUCGUACGCUACUCCAUCACAAUGGUCAGGACUAA